AUGGAAGUCUGUUUGGUGGAGGAACUGCCACCCACCACGGAGCUGGAAGAAGGGCUCCGGAAUGGUGUUUACCUUGCAAAGUUGGCCAAGUUCUUUGCACCAAAGAUGGUGUCGGAAAAAAAGAUCUACGAUGUGGAACAAACACGCUACAAGAAGUCUGGACUUCACUUUCGACACACGGAUAAUACAGUCCAGUGGUUAAGAGCAAUGGAAUCCAUCGGUCUACCCAAGAUAUUUUAUCCAGAAACAACAGAUGUCUAUGACCGAAAGAACAUACCCAGGAUGAUAUAUUGCAUUCAUGCACUAAGUUUAUACCUGUUCAAACUAGGAAUAGCACCCCAGAUUCAGGAUUUGUUGGGCAAAGUAGACUUCACAGAGGAGGAAAUUAGUAAUAUGAGAAAAGAACUUGAAAGAUACGGGAUACAGAUGCCAUCAUUCAGCAAAAUCGGCGGCAUUCUGGCUAAUGAGCUGUCUGUGGAUGAAGCUGCAUUGCACGCCGCAGUGAUAGCCAUCAACGAAGCUGUUGAGAAAGGCCUAGCAGAGCAGACCAUUGUAACACUAAGGAACCCAAAUGCAGUUUUGACUUCUGUGGAUGACAGCCUUGCACAAAACUAUCAGGAAGAACUCUGGAAAGCCAAAAGACACAAAGAGGAGAAUGCACGACAGAAGAAUAACUGUGUUUCUGAAGAAGAAAGAGACGCAUAUGAAGAGCUGCUGACACAAACAGAGAUUCAGGACAAUGUGGAUUCCGUCAACAGGCUGGCCGCAGUGGACCACAUCAAUGCUGUCCUCCGGGAAGGGGACCCUGAGAGCACUCUCCUUGCACUGAAGAAACCGGAGGCUCAGCUGCCUGUGGUUUACCCCUUCGCUGCUGUGAUGUAUCAGAAUGAACUCUCCCACCUUCAGAAACAGAGCACCACGAAUUCCCUAGGCCACGAGGAGCUCUCGAUCGCAGUGGAGAUGCUGUCUGCUGUGGCACUCCUGAACCAGGCCUUGGACAGCAAUGAUAUCGUGACUGUGCAGAAUCAACUCAGGAGCCCCAAAAUAGGCUUCAACAACCUGGACGAGACAUAUGUGGAACGUUAUGCAAAUGCACUACUCUCUGUUAAACUGGAAGCCUCAUCACAGGGACAAGAUAGCUUAAGCUGGAAUGAAAUUCAGAAUUGUGUUGAUAUGGUUAAUCUUCAAAUUCAAGAAGAAAAUGACCGUAUUGUAGCUGCAGGGUUCAUCAACGAAGCCAUUGAUGAAGGGAACCCACUAAAGACUCUGGAUACGCUGAUGUUACCUAAUGCGAAACUUCACAACGUGGACCCAGAGUGUGCGCAGCACUACCAGGAUGUCUUAUACCAUGUGAAGGCUCAGAAACUCUCGGAUGCUGAGAGCACGUCUGAAGUUCUCUGGCUGGAUGAGAUACAGAGGGCGGUCAACCAGGCCAACCUGGACACGGACAGCGCAAAACAAUGGGUUUCAGUGGUCGUCAACGUGAAUCAGUGUUUGGAAAAUGAAAGCAGAAGUGAUAUUCUGUCAGCUCUGAAGUCUCCAAGCUUUAAUGAUAAUGAUAUACUUCCUGAAUGUACUGACCAGUACUAUACAGCCCUUGCAAAAGCGAAGGAACGGAAAUCUGGAAGUGUGUCUAAUGAUGGCUCAUGGCUCACGCUCACUGUGCAGCAGAAAUACCCGUAUUAUUAUAACAUCAGUUCACAAGAGAGCUCCUGGGUCAUGCCGGAACCUUACUUGUCUAAGGAGUCCUGGCUCAUGGGAAAAGAAAUUGAGGACACAGUGAAGGAGGUCACGGAGCAGUACAUGCGCGAGAAGAUGUGGUCGGCUUCUGACGACAUGCUUCUGCAGUUUGCAGCGUCGAGCCUAGCACCCCUUCUUUUCAAAGAAUUUGAAGCUAGGAAAUCAUUUUUUCUGGAACAAGAAGACUAUGUCAUCAAAAUACAGUCUUAUUGGAAAGGACGCAAGCAACGGGCAGCCUAUCAGGACAGGCUGAAACUGUUCUCGGGAAACACUGACUCAAUUAUCAAGAUUCAGUCCUGGCUACGGAUGCUAAGAGCAAGAAAGAGCUACCUUUCCCGACAACAGUUUUUCCAAGAUCAUGAAAAUGAAAUAGUGAGAAUACAGUCACUCUUCAGAGCAAACAAAGCUAGAGAAGACUACAAAACACUGGUUGGCUCUGAAAAUCCGCCACUAACAGUAAUCCGCAAAUUUCUACACCUGUUGGACCAAAGCGACCUGGAUUUCCAAGAGGAGCUGCAAGUCGCACGGUUGCGGGAAGAAGUAGUAACCAAAAUCAGAGGCAACCAGCAGCUGGAGAAAGACCUGAACCUGAUGGACAUCAAGAUCGGGCUUCUGGUGAAGAACAGGAUAACUCUAGAGGAUGUCAUUUCACACAGAACAAAACUGAACAAGAAAAAGGGUGGCGAAAUGCAGAUAUUUAAUAAGACGGACAACCAGGGGAUCAAGAGUUUGAGUAAGGAAAGAAGGAAAACACUAGAGACCUAUCAGCAGCUGUUUUACCUUUUACAGACCAAUCCACUCUACCUGGCUAAGCUGAUUUUCCAGAUGCCACAGAACAAGUCCACUAAAUUCAUGGACACGGUGAUUUUCACACUGUACAAUUAUGCUUCCAACCAACGUGAAGAAUAUCUUCUCCUCAAACUCUUUAAAGCAGCCCUGGAGGAAGAGAUACAAUCCAAGGUGGACCAGGUACAGGAUAUAGUCACCGGAAACCCUACCGUUAUCAAGAUGGUGGUCAGCUUCAACAGAGGAGCCCGUGGACAGAACACGCUGCGCCAGCUCCUGGCUCCAGUUGUGAAAGAGAUCAUUGAAGACACAGCCUUGAUCAUCAACACCAGCCCUGUGGAUGUGUACAAGGCCUGGGUGAACCAGCUGGAAACACAGACUGGAGAGGCCAGCAAGCUGCCGUACGACGUGACCACGGAGCAAGCCUUGACGUACCCAGAAGUGCGAACUAAGCUGGAGGCCUCCAUUGAGAACCUGAGGAGGGUGACGGACAAAGUCCUCCACUCCAUCAUUUCUUCCCUUGACCUGCUUCCUUAUGGAUUGAGGUAUAUAGCCAAAGUACUGAAGAAUUCCAUCCAUGAGAAAUUUCCUGAUGCAACAGAAGAUGAGCUAUUAAAGAUCAUCGGCAAUCUCCUGUACUACCGGUACGUGAACCCGGCCAUCGCGGCCCCGGACGGCUUUGAUAUCAUCGACAUCACGGCCGGAGGGCAGAUCACUUCUGACCAGAGGAGAAACCUGGGCUCAGUGGCCAAGGUUCUUCAGCACGCAGCCUCCGACAAGUUAUUUGAAGGAGAAAAUGAGCAUCUCUCCUCCAUGAACAACUACUUAACCGAGACCCACCAGGAGUUCAGGAAAUACUUCAAAGAAGCUUGUAAUGUCCCAGAACCAGAAGAGAAGUUUAACAUGGAUAAGUACACAGAUAUGGUGACAGUCAGCAAACCAGUCAUUUAUAUCUCAAUUGAAGAAAUCAUCAGCACACAUUCACUCCUGUUGGAACACCAGGACGCCAUAGCUCCUGAGAAGCAGGACGUACUGAAUGAGCUGUUGGAGGUGCUAGGAGAUGUACCCACUGUAGAAUCGUUUCUUGGAGAAGGAUCUAUAGAUCCCACUGACCCAAACAAGGCAAAUGCACUAAGUCAGCUCUCAAAGACCGAGAUCUCCCUCUACCUGGCAAGCAAGUACGGCUUAGGGGAUGGCGAAGCUAUUGAUGGCCAGAGCCUGCUGAUAAAGACUAAAAUGUUGAUAAUUGACGUGAUCCGGAAUCAACCAGGGAACACGUUGAUGGAGAUCUUAGAGACGCCAGCAACUGCACAACAGGAACUUGAUCACUCCAACGACAUGGCGAGCCGCGCUGCCCUGGACUCCAGGACUCCUGAGGAGGCCAAGAACAGCCAGUCGGCAGCAGACACACAGCUGCCCCUGGAGCAAAAGAAAAGGAAGAUCCAGAGGAAUCUGCGGGCGCUGGAACAGUCCGGACAUGUGUCCUCCAAAAAUAAAUACCAAGACAUUCUCAACGAGAUUUCCAAGGAUAUUCGAAAUCAGAGGAUUCAUCGAAAGCUUCGAAAAGCAGAGCUGGCGAAACUCCAGCAGACCCUCGAUGCACUCAACCAGAAGGCGGCGUUUUAUGAGGAGCAGAUCAGUUAUUACGACACCUAUAUAAAAACCUGUGUGGACAACUUAAAAAGAAGAAAUGCUCGGAGAUCCAUUAAACUGGACGGCAAAGAAGAGCCCAAAGGAGCCAAGCGAGCCAAGACCGUGAGGUACACGGCGUCCAAGCUGCACGAGAAGGGCGUCCUGCUGGGGAUCGAGGAGCUGCAGGCGAGCCAGUUUAAAAACGUCACAUUUGAUAUCAUUUCUACGGAAGACGUGGGAAUCUUCGACAUCAGGUCCAAAUUCCUGGCUGUCGAGAUGGAAAAAGUACAAGUCAACAUUCAGGAUCUGCUGCAGAUGCAGUAUGAAGGCGUAGCUGUCAUGAAAAUGUUUGAUAAGGUGAAGGUGAACGUCAACCUUCUCAUAUACCUGCUGAAUAAGAAGUUCUAUGGCAAGUGACAUGCCUGCCUGCCUGCCUGCCAGCAGGUCACUGCUUCGUGGAUUCUGUAUAACUUGGAUUGGGAAAAAAAAAAAUGAAUUGGUUUAGUAUUUUUGUUUUGAAACAUGAUUGAAAUCACUGCUUAUAAAUGUGUAAUUUUUUUUUAAGACCAAAACUUUUCCGACGAAUGUACCCACGUGCCUUUUAGAGAAUGUGACGCUAGGGCAGAAUGACACCCAAAAUGAAUUCAUCUAGACGCUUCUCCAGACUGUGGGAUAGGGACUCUGAUUCAGAACUCUGGACAUCCCGUGAUCUGUGUUGCUAUAGGGAGAAAAUAAAUCUAGCUGCCGAGGGACGCAUAUGCAAAGCUAUUUUCCUAUAAGAAAUUGUAAAUGUCCCAUUUGAAUCAUGUAAUUCUUCAUAGAUUUUUUUUUAAUUUUUAAUCUGUGGAGAAAUGGAAACCUAAUUAUUUGUAAUGAAUUAUUUAGACAGAAACUUUGUUCUAAGCCCUCGUCUUAGAGUUAGCCAUUUUGAAGAGAACUUUUGUGCAAUUCAAAUGAACUUUUUAUAAGUAAUCGAAAGUGACCAUACAAUAACACUUCCUGUGUAGAAGUCUGUAUUUGAUGUGAUCAGUCCUGCUAAAAGGAGUGCACUACUGCCUCACGGUGAAGACUCUUGUGCCCAGGGCCUUCAGCAACUGAGCAGCAACGUGGAUCUGACUAGCACAGCCCCGCCUCCGCUCCGUGCAGUGUAUUUGAACACUUCAGCUGUGCCUCUAGAUUAUUUUUUUGUAAUGCAAUAAAAUCAGUAUUUAGGUGGUUUUAAAAUGUAUUCUUUGAAAAAAAUUGUCUGAUGUAAAAUAAAUGUUCCUUAAUUACA